AUGUCCGAUGCUUCUGAGCUGCCUCCCCUACUUGAUGUUUUGAUCGGCCUUCCAGUUGACCCACCUUCGCUAUACUUCGACCUUGAGGGUGUCAAUCUUGGACGGGCUGGCUCUAUCUCUCUUCUACUACUUCACGUAAUUCCUCGUUUCGCAACUUACAUUAUUGAUAUCCACGCGCUAGGUGCCGCAGCAUUCUCCACUGAGAAUAAUACUGGUACCUCCUUGAAGACCAUUCUUGAGAAUCCUGAUAUUCCAAAGGGAAUUUUUGACAUUCGAAACGACUCGGACGCUCUAUAUAGCCAUUACGGCAUACGUGUGAAUGGUAUAAUCGACCUUCAGCUGUUGGAGCUGGCGACACGUGAUUACUCAAAGGAUUUUCUAGCUGGGCUGGCCAAAUGCAUUCAAAACAAUAAAAGCCUAUCCGAUUCUGCGAAGAAAACAUGGCAUCUGGCAAAAGAGAUAGGCAAGCGACUUUUUGAUCCUCAGCUUGGGGGCCGAUAUGAAGUUUUCAACGAGCGUCCAUUAAAGCCGGAAAUUCUAAUAUAUUGCCGACAAGACGUGGAGCUAUUGCCCUCACUGUGGGAGCUCUAUAGCUGCAAGCUUCGCGUGCCUACCAAUGGCUUCUGGCGAUCCAUGGUGAAAGAAGCAACAAAAGAUCGGAUCAAGCUUUCACGGAGCGCAGGCUACGAUGGACAGGCCAAGAGCAAGGCUUGCGGGCCAUGGGAUUCGUACAUCAUUGAGGACUCGAGGGAAGCCUGGAACGACGAUGUGAUAAUGUGCGGUGUCAAUGAGGGCAUGGUUCUGGACCAAAACGAUCAUUGGGCCGACUUCCCGCAGAAGGUGUGCAACAAAAGUUCUGUGUUUACCCUAGCAGCCAGGUUAUGA